AUGAGUUCUGUAACCGUGCCUAAAAAAUCAAAGGAAGAAAUGAACGUAAGACUGUUACUUAAUAAAUGUGAAUUAAUUGCUAAACAAGAACCACUGGAUGGGAACUGGAGACUGAAAAAAUACGUGGAAGCUUUAAGUGAAAUGAUAACGGAAUUAAAGACCGCACCAGAUAAGCCAUCAAAGGAUUUGUUAAAUGAAUAUUCAAAACGUGUGGCAUUUUUAAAAGGGCUGAUCCAAACAGCAAAUUUAAAUAGUCCUAUUGAGAAGUUGGAAGCUGUGCAGCUCCUAUCACAUGGGAUAGCUACUGUGAGCACAGAAGCCUCUGCUCAGGAGAUUCAUCAGAAAACAGUUGCCAAGUAUGGUGUUGAACUACGAUCUGAAUUAUUUGGAUUGGAAGAUAGUGAUGAGGCAUUACGUAAACGGAAUAUUAUUAAAGCACCAAACUUCACCAGCAACAGUACGAGCCAGGAAGACAUUGACUCCUUGCUCAAAUAUCAUCAGAAUAUGCAAGAGAAGGUGGCCGAGAAUAUGGUGUUGCUUACUAAAAGCUUGAAAGAGCAGUCGCAAAUUGCCAGUACUAUUAUUAAAGCUGAUACUGAGGCUCUGAAAAAAUCUUCAGACCUAACGGAUCGUAACGUGAUGUCAUUGAAAGUGGAAUCUGAGCGACUCCAAGAACACAGCCGUAGUGCUUGGAAAUGUUGGCUGUGGAUCAUGUUGGCGGUAGUGAUGGUCAUAUUUAUUAAUAUGGUAUUGUUUAUGAAAGUCAUGAAGAAAAGAAAAUAUUAA